AUGAAGACUGUGCCAUUUCUCUCGUUGCUCCAGGCAGGAAUGUUGACGUCUGGAAUAGUGGCGCAGAACAUUGCAUUUGUGGGCAGCAACGCCAACGCCAUAGCAACUGUUAGCUUUGAUACCAAGACUGGAACCUUCAAGGUUACCGGAAACAACACAGAUUCCAGCACGCCGUCAUGGCAGGAAGUCUCGAGGGACGGCAAGUUGCUAUAUUCUAUCGAAGAGACAUCGACUGAACAUGCCUUGACGAGCUACUCUAUCGGCCAGGAUGGGAAGCUGAAGAAGCUGAAGUCUAUCAAGGGGCUGGCAGGACCUGUCUCCUUGGACAUGCACCCUACCCAGCCUAUAAUCAUCACUGCAAACUAUGGCUCAGCGAGUGCUUCAGCGUACUCUUCAAAGGAUAACGGCGAGUUCACCCACCUGGGAGACUUUAUGUUUAAAAUGCAAGGCAAGGGGAAGGUACCAGACCGGCAGGACGCUCCUCACCCGCACCAGGCGCUCUUCGACCCAACCGGCAAGUUCGUUCUUAUGCCGGACUUGGGCUCAGACCUGAUCCGCAUCCUCAAGGUAGACGCAGGACAGAAACUCAGCGUCGCACCUCCCAACAAGGUAAAACCGGGGACCGGGCCUCGCCAUGGAGUGCUGUAUCCAGCCGCGGACAAGCCUCGGUUUUACUAUGUCGUGGGCGAGCUUUCCAACACGGUGACCGCGAUGUCUGUCGAAUACACGGUUGAAACGAUCAAGCUUACCGAGAUCCAAACCCUAUCUACGCUUCCAGACGGGCAGACGGGGGCGGCGGGCGAACUCAUCCUCUCGCCAUCGGGUAAACACCUGUAUGCCUCCAACCGGCUUGACAAGGUCUUCCCUGGCUCCAGCUCCGUCGCUUCGUAUACCAUUGACCAGAUGACCGGCAAGCUGAAGCUGCUUGAAAUCUUCAACGGCGGCGUGGAGAACAUACGACACAUGUCUAUCCACCCUAGCGGCAAGUGGUUUGUGACCGAAGGCCAGAAUUCGAACGACAUCAAGGUAUUUGCACUUGACCCUCAGACCGGAAAGGUGACUCCGGAGGCCAAGUCUACGCUGGAGAUAGAAAAGCCUGUUUGCCUGCAGUGGUGGCAUAACGGUGCUCAAGAGAGCGAGGCCCCCGAUGCUGGCACCGAGACUGAAUGCGAAUAUGAUGACUAGAUGAACAUCUCAGCAUCUGCGACCUCGAGGCUAAGGGCUGGCCCUGAUGAUGUUCUUUUCCUUCUACAUUCUAUGACAGUAAUAAUGAUACGGUCUUUUCUGCACUUAUAAUGAGACAUGAAAAUAAACAGCCCUCCAUAAGCCUGCCUGUCCUGUAACCGCUUUGCCCAAAGGUUCCUCCUCAAUUGCCUAAACAGCCGAGGCAAAAAGGAAGGCAAGCGCCAAGACGAGUUGACCAACAGAGAAUUAGACUUUGCUUACCUCAGCACUGGUUACUUCCUUAUGUAAGCGGGACAACAGCCUUUCGGCUUCUUAUUGUUCAGCUUCUCUUCAGCUUUCUCGCCUUU